AGCGACCGUUCGAACGGGGGUACGCGUUUUGCGCUACAAAAAUCGAACGCGAUGAGACAUCAAUAAAAAUCACAACUAAUUUUUUCCAAAAAUUCACACUCGGGGGUGGCUGUGAGUGAAACGUGUGCCAAUAAAUGGAUAUUUCUCACCCCCAAGGCAACUCGGGUGGGCGGGCCAACGUCGAGAGGCGGUUUCUGCCGCCACCAGCGAGCUAGUGGGAGCAUUGUGUGAGCAAAGUAUGAAGCUAAGCGUUUCGGCGUAUAGAGCCCACGCUUCCGCCCAUAAGAAGAUAUUGGACACUGCUUAUCAGCUUAAUUAUGGGUCAACGUCGGCUUCGUCACAUCAGCACGCGCCUCCACUGGCGUUACCCACAAGUUCAGCUUUUCAGAUUGACCCACCACCAAACAGUGGUCACAAUGCUCGUAAUUCCAACAAUCGACUGAUGGCAGACGAUGGAAGUUCAGACGAUGCCAAUACACCUCUACAGUCACCUCGUUCACAAAACACCAGCCGAGAAGAAGACGACAGUUCCAACGCAAACGAAUCAGAAUGCAAGAGUCCGAGCCAAAGAAGCAAGAAAGGCAAAGACGACCAUCAGCAUCAGAAAGAGGGCGGCAAAGCGGCAUCGCAGAGCUGGAAGAACCUCAAAGCCGUUAUGGCGUACUACCACUCGCUGCGCAAAAUCAAGAGGACGAAAUCCAACCAACGAUGGAUGAAAUUGAGGACGACGGUACAAAUUUCGUCUGCAAUGCAGAAGAAACCGCCCCUGAAACGUGAAGACUCCUUUCUGAAGCGCUUCUCAUCGCGUCAGAUCCCCGAGACCCAGGAGACCGUCGAAGACACCGGAAGCGAGGGACCUGGUGGCGACAGCCACUCGGCGCCCCGCCGGCGACGACGUCCACGCAAGCAACCGCGUUCUGUCGUCAACCCCGACGAAAACUUCUACUUCUACUGGCUGUUGGUGCUGACCGUUUGUGUGCUUUACAACAUGUGGACUCUAAUCGUUCGCCAAAGUUUUCCCGAGCUCCAGAGUAUGGUCUCGAACUUUUGGCUGAGCUGUGAUUCUCUAAGUGAUCUGGUGUUUAUUUUGGAUCUGAUAGUGCAACUGAGGACCGGCUACUUGGAGCAAGGCCUUAUGGUUUACGACUCCAAGAAGUUGGCGUGCCACUAUUUGCGCUCACGUGCCUUUCUCCUAGACCUGGCUGCUCUUUGUCCUCUCGAUCUGCUCCAGAUCAGGCUCGGACCACAACCGCUGCUCAGGUGUCCGAGAUUCCUCAAAGUCUACCGUGCCGUUAAUUACUAUUACAUGGUCGAGUCGAGGACGGUCUGGCCGAACCUCUGGCGGGUCGUCAACUUGAUACACAUUCUUCUUAUUUUAGCGCACUGGUUUGGGUGUUUUUAUUUUCUACUCUCCGAAGCCGAAGGCUUCCAGGGUGAUUGGGUGUAUCCGUACCGUCCUGGCGAUUACGCUACCUUGACCCGCAAAUAUUUAGGUUCGUUGUAUUGGUCAACUCUGACCCUCACCACCAUCGGGGAUCUCCCGACUCCCGAAACCAAUGCCGAGAAGACGGACUCGGUGGACGGCCCUCGGUCUCUGCCGCGCAGAGGUGUCAAGUCCCGCCUGUUGCAGUUCAACACAAACAAUGGAUACAUUUUCACGAUAGUCAGUUAUCUCAUCGGAGUGUUCAUUUUCGCCACUAUCGUUGGGCAAGUUGGUAACGUGAUAACGAAUCGCAAUGCGAACCGUCUGGAAUUCGAACGGCUUCUAGACGGAGCAAAGACCUACAUGAGACACCAUAAGGUCCCAGGUGGAAUGAAACGUCGCGUAUUGCGAUGGUACGACUAUUCCUGGUCUAGGGGGCGCAUACAAGGGGGUGGUGAUAUCAAUACGGCCCUAGGCCUUCUCCCCGAUAAGCUCAAAACGGAGCUCGCCCUCCACGUCAAUCUCAGCGUUUUGAAAAAGGUAACGAUCUUCCAAGAGUGCCAACCCGAGUUCCUCCGCGACCUCGUGCUCAAAAUGAAAGCCUACAUCUUCACCCCCGGCGACUCGAUAUGUCGCAAGGGCGAAGUCGCCCGCGAAAUGUUCAUAAUCGCUGACGGAAUCCUCGAAGUGAUUAGCGAAAAUGGCAAAGUUUUAACCACGAUGAAAGCGGGCGAUUUUUUCGGCGAAAUCGGGAUCCUAAAUCUGGACGGUCUCAAUAAAAGGACAGCUGACGUCCGUUCGGUCGGCUACUCCGAACUGUUUUCUUUAUCUCGCGAAGAUGUUUUAGCCGCGAUGAAAGACUAUCCAGAAGCUCAAGAAAUCCUUCAAGCGUUGGGUCGCAAACGCCUGAUGGAAGUUAAAGCCUCGGCGAGAAAUCCACCACAUCAUAAGGAACAUCAUCAUCAUGGAAUUCCCCACGUGCCUGACCCCAAAGGUCUCGUCGAUAAAAUUAAGAAUGAAGCUAAGGGACUUAGAAAUGCGCUUAAGAAAUCGAGGACGCAUCGAAAAUCGGAUGAAUCGCUUGAACUACAACCCUUGCAUACACCCACGAAUAACAAUAAUAAAGGCACGCUGAAGAGGAUGUCGAGGGUCAAGUCGCACGAUUUGAGCCAGGAGGAGAACGAAAAGAAGGAAGUGAGCGCCGAACCGGUGACCUCGCCGCUAGGUGCAGGUUUGCCCCUCCUCCACAGAUUAAGGUUAUUGAAAGAGAAACAAGAGAAUGAAGAACGUGCCAAAAGCGCCACCCCCCCGAUCCUGUCACCUUCGUCUUCCAGUAUUAAAAGUCCUCCACCGAUCCCAGAGGACACUAAUGAGCCCAUAGGAGCUGGUCUGCCAUUACUACAGCGAAUCCUCAUGCUUAAGGGAAAAGAGGGAACGAUUAAAGAAGAAAAACCAAAGUUGUCACGAGCCAGCUCAGUCGCCAGUAAUCCCACAAGCCCCACACCUCAAACCUCAGUCUCCAGAGGCUCCUUCUCCUCGAAAAUUACAAGCAACAAAUUAUCGUUCCGGGAGCGCCUCAAAUUCCACUCGAGUGCCCCAAAAGACGACGUCAAAGAACCGUCCAUUAGUGCAAGUGAUAGUGUUAGUGACGCGGACAAAAGUGAGCCCCCUUGGAGCAAACUGAAGAAAGCGGCGAUUUCGCGCGACCCCUCCGAUCCAUCCACCAGUGCUCCGCCCUCCAAAGACACCGCCACUCUCACCGAACAAGUGCAACAAAACCCCAAACCCAAACUAGUCCUCACCGGACGAACCAAACACUACAGGUCGAUUGACGAUCUGUCACCGGAAUACGGCGGUCUGCCCUUCGUCAAGAAACUGAAGAUUUUAAACGAACGACAGAAGCUCGAAGAGCUGGAAACUGUGAUGAAAACGCGUAGUUUUAGUUUAGAUAUUCCCGAUUCGAGCCAAACGCCCAUGGAAAUGGACACUUUGACGCGCUCGCAGUCCGAAGGGUCGACCAUGCACCACGACAAGAACCUCCUGGCUACGCCCCUAAGUGAGCUCAACUCGAGUAACGAAUCGAACGAAACGCCCGAACGUCGAAACCUUCGCUCGAUUCUCAAAAAACUAUCCGAAGAAACACAACUGGAGUCGCAAGUCGCAACAAUGCCGAAGAAAAUCGACUCGACCGAGUUUAGGAAACUGAUGAGGGCCCCCACAAUCGAGGGCUAUGCCGCGCGACACAGCAAAUUAGCCAAAAGUGUUACUUUUAAUCGAGACACGUUGCAAAGUCCCCCAAACAGUGCUGUGAUGAUCGGAUCACCAAAUCUUUUUACUUUUGUCAAUUCACCUUCGGAGAAGAAUGAAACUGCAGUGGAUCAUAAAAACGGCGUUCAGAUUGUUAAUAAACCGAAUAAUCAAGUCAAAUUAAUUAAAAAUACGUUAGACGAUGAACAGCAGUAUUUCGCCGAUAUUCUAUUGGCGAUUAAGCAAGUGAUGAGUGCACAUCUGCAGGAACUGCAAGAGAAGUUUUACCAGCGGUUUGAACGGUUGGAGGAGGAAGUUCGAAGUAAAGACGAAAUUAUAAACCAACUCAAGGCACAUAUUUGGGAAUUGGAAAAAAGUGCAGAAGAAUCGAUCGGAGUGAGUGAACGGAAAUCCGAUGAGUACUUGCAUGCCUUUUGUGUUCACCCUGAUUCCUUCGAGACCGUUAUUAGUCGAGAGCACCAGUCGUGGGAAGAGCCAACGAACGAAGAAGCCGAAGAGUUGCAAGAGUUACCCCAACACCCCUUGACUCCAAUGCACAGCUGGCGCCCUCCCCAAAACACCGUCUUGGACAUCGACUCAACCACCGACACUGAAGGCGAUUCGUCGGAACAAUCCGGCGACUACGAAAACUACAGCAACAACUGGGAAAUCGAAAUGUUGGCCGCUCAAAUGCGCGAAAAACGAUCAGCAAGUCUGGACUAUAACACAGCAAGACCUUUGCGAAAAAGAUUCACAAGAGGAGGAAGUGCCGAUGCAAGAAAUGACUGAUAUAUACGAAUUUUUCGCGUCAUUAUAGACGUCUAUUAGUGAAAGAAAAACAACUCAAUACCCUCGCCCAGAGACAUUUUUAUUAACCUUUGUAUACACAAAAAAUGAAGUUUUAAUCGUAACGAAUUACAUAUCUCUCCAAACUAACCGAGGCGUUGGGCGAGGCUAUUGACAGUGGAGUGCGAACAGAAUUGUGCCAAGUAAAUGCUCAAAAUUGAUCUAAGAUGUAUCGAAAAGUAUUAUAACGUGCCAAUGAAAAAGGCGACUAUUUUUGACAACUAAUAUGUACACAACACUUAACGAGAUAUGGCCAUAGUUGCACAUGUUUUAGACAAAAAUGUGGAGCUGUGCGCUUAAUAAUCUUAGAAAAAUGCAAUACCACUUUCACUACACUCAAUAAUUUAAAAUAGAGAUUGACCAUUUUAGAAAGUACUAAAAGAAAUUUAUGUAGAUACGAAUGAUGAUAUGAACUAGUAAUAAAAUUGUAAAAUAAAAUAUAACAAAUUAAAAAUAAAUCAAAAACUGAAAACA